GUGACGUCAGGACGGCCAUUAGGCAGCCGGAGAGGCAGGGGUGGGAAAGCGGUUGACUGACGUCUUCGUAUUUCUUUUUUUAUCUGCUUCAGUUAAUAAUUAUAAUUCCCACUUGCCGGGACUGAGUCUUUCCCUUCCCUCGCAGAGUAAACGGGGUUUGUAAAACAAUAGGGCAGGGCGUUUUAUUUUUUUCGUUUCUGUUUUAUACUUAAUCUUUUUUAGGGUAACGUUCAGAAAUGGACGAAAAGGCGUUCACGAAGGAACUUGAUCAAUGGAUUGAGCAACUCAACGAGUGCAAGCAGCUUUCGGAAAGCCAAGUCAAGACUCUCUGCGAAAAGGCUAAAGAAAUCUUAACAAAAGAGUCCAAUGUGCAGGAGGUACGGUGUCCAGUCACUGUUUGCGGAGAUGUUCACGGACAGUUUCACGACCUCAUGGAGUUAUUCAGAAUUGGAGGCAAAUCUCCAGACACAAAUUACCUUUUCAUGGGAGACUAUGUUGACAGAGGCUACUAUUCUGUGGAAACGGUCACACUGCUUGUAGCUCUUAAGGUUAGAUACCGUGAACGCAUCACAAUUCUUCGAGGGAAUCAUGAAAGCAGACAGAUCACACAAGUGUAUGGUUUUUAUGAUGAAUGUUUAAGGAAAUAUGGAAAUGCUAAUGUUUGGAAAUACUUUACAGACCUCUUUGAUUACCUUCCCUUAACUGCCUUGGUAGAUGGUCAGAUAUUUUGCCUUCAUGGAGGACUCUCACCAUCUAUAGACACACUGGAUCACAUCAGAGCACUCGACCGUUUACAGGAAGUUCCACAUGAGGGGCCAAUGUGUGACUUGCUGUGGUCAGAUCCUGAUGAUCGUGGAGGCUGGGGAAUCUCUCCACGUGGUGCAGGUUACACCUUUGGACAGGAUAUUUCUGAAACUUUCAAUCAUGCUAAUGGCCUUACUUUGGUCUCAAGAGCUCACCAAUUGGUGAUGGAGGGUUAUAACUGGUGCCACGAUCGCAAUGUGGUAACAAUUUUCAGUGCACCUAAUUACUGUUAUCGCUGUGGUAACCAGGCAGCUAUCAUGGAACUUGAUGACACUCUUAAAUACUCCUUCCUUCAGUUUGAUCCAGCACCUCGCAGAGGAGAACCCCAUGUGACACGCCGCACUCCAGACUACUUCCUGUAAAAAUGAAUCUUAAUGUCUGUACAGUAUUGCCAUGAAUAAUAGAUUAAAAACAAGAUGGGAGAAGGGCAACAGUUACUCCAAAUUGUUCAGACAAGCAACUUUAUUUAAGCAUUCAGAAACUUGUCUGUACAUGGACCAAAAGGUGUGCCAUAUUUGAAAAGCAAAGGCCUCAGUCCAGGAAGACCAUGACCAUAUAAAUCAACACCAAUUCCUCUGUGCAUGAUGUUGCAUUUUUUUUAAUCUCCAGGUCAAUAAGCCACUGUUCCUGGACUAGUACAGUUAAUAGGUACUGUUGCUUGUAAGAAAGACUGUGGAGAAUUAAAGUUAUAACCAUUAAAGAUUAAACUUUGGACCUUGUGAUUAAAAAAUCCAUAUAGCUAUAGCUUUACUCAGCAUGACUGUAGAUAAAAAUAGCAGCAUACAAUCAUUGGAGCUUUAAAGAACAUUUUAAAAACUACCACGGCCUCCUGUUUUGUGUGCAAACUAUUUUUUUCAGGGAGUACUGUUUAAUUUAAUUUUCUGUCUGCACUCUUUAUUUUUUCAUUGUUUUAUCACUUGGUUCAUACUUGAUUACUUGUACUGAGCAGAAGUUUUUUUUCCAGUCAAACCUUUUUUGUUUAAUGCAGGAGAGAUUUCCUGCAUAUUUUCUUAACAUAACAAACUUGUGAACUAAGUGCUUAAAAUAGUCCAGUUCAGUUGUAUAGGGAAAACGUGGAAAUGGAUGCCAUUGUUGAAAUGGUAACACUAACACUUUUUGAUGGGAUAAUGUCUGUAUUGAAGGCUCCAGGGGAAUAAUAAAGACUGAAGUUGCUCCUUCAGACUACA